AUGCGCAAAAGCACGAGAAGUGUCAAAAGGAAGGACAAAAAUAUACAAGUGAACGCAUGUUGAACGACGCUUCGGAAAUUUGGGUUUUCUUGCAUCAGAUGCUGUGCGAAUGGGAACAAGGAGUGGAACAAGCUAAAAAUAGUGUUGUGAAAUGUGAUGACCCGCUGAGUAAAUUCGGGCCGAAUGCAUGUUUCCUUCUCCGGAAGGGAUGUCUUCUCCCUUUGAUUCGUUUUGAUUUGAUGGCGGAGACGGUUGUUGCGGAUGUUGGAUUGCGGAUGUUGUUGGAAACGGUUGUUGCGGAUGUUGGGGAUAAUGCUGCUGAACCGCCUGUUGGCGAUGCGGACACUAGAAAGAAGGUGCUGAAUAAAGAUCGGGAAGCUCAACAAUGAUGCCGAAAGUCUGCUGCUAAACACGAUGAGGCAAACAUUAGGGACGUUAUUGGCAAAUUUGUGUGCGGCAGCCGUUAGUUAUGUUUUAACCAUUAGAUGGAUUUCACAGUCGUCUCUGGAUUACUGACAGUGAAAAGCGUAUAGACAUUGUGAAAAACGAAGAUCUUCACCAUUCCGAUUGCAUCAUGCUUAAAAUGCUACUCAUAAUGAAGAAAUAAAUAUA